CAUGGAGUAAUCAGAGAUGGGGCUCGUACGGGGCCACCCUCAGCAACAUCAACGCUUAUUUAGAACCACAGGAAAUUUGGAAUAAAUGCAAACACUCUGAGACAAUCCUAAGGGGAAAUAACCCGGGUGUACUUGCUUACGUUAUACACGGGUUUGGGAAUUCGGUCUUCUUUACGUUUUCAUCAGCAACUGGUUAGCUCCAGAGGAAAAGAAGCGAAAACCCAUCAAGACGGAGACGGGAACAAAACAAACCGAAUACAAAAAGGCAAAAGAAAAAAAAACUAUCUGAACGAUAUGUGAGGGAUUAUGUGAAAAGCGUGGCCAGAAAAUGACGAACGAAAAGACUGCACCCGCUGUGGGAUUUUUUUCUAGGUGAAAAGAGAAAAUGAUUGAAGAAACACACCCAAACGAGAGACUGAAUCAUCCGUCGUAUGUGGGGAUAGCUGAGGCUCUGGCGCGUGUACGCGCGCUCGCACACGCGCCCUGCCCGCACGCCCAAGACGGCGCCCAUGGCCGAGCCUGGUCUCUGUCCCUCACGCCGCCGAUGCCCUGAACACCGUUGCCGGACGUGCGGAGAUGAGUGAAAGCAGCGGUGACAGUUACAUCGUGCGCGUCAAAGCGGUGGUCAUGACCCGGGAUGACUCGAGUGGUGGUUGGCUAGCGCAAGAGGGCGGCGGCCUCAGCAGGGUGGGCGUCUGUAAGGUGACUACUGCCGAGCUGAGCGGCCACAGCGACUUUCUCAUCCACGGGGAGCGCCUCAAGGACAAACAGGUCAUCUUGGAAUGCUUCGUGCGAAAGGAUCUGAUCUAUACCAAGGCCACGCCCACAUUUCACCACUGGAAGGUCGACAACAAGAAGUGUGGCCUCACGUUCCAGAGUCCCGCUGACGCCCGCGCCUUCGACCGUGGCGUGCGGAAGGCCUUGGAGGACAUCACUGAAGGUUCCACGACUUCCUCUUCAACACUCCAGAAUGAGACAGAGCUGGGCGACGAUGAUGUAUUUACAACCGCCACUGACAGCUCCUCCAACUCCUCCCAGAAGAAGGAGCUGGCCAUGCAGACACUGGCCACCUCCACCCUGUACGAGCCCCACCGCCACCACUGCAUCCUGGAGCACCUCCACGAGCAGUACAGGACCUCCGAGCGCUACUUCCUGGACCAGGUUCCCAAGUUCCCACGCCACGUCAGCUUCCUGGACGAGGAGGAAGAGAUUGUGCGGAUCAACCCGCGCGAGCGCACCUGGCUGACGGGCUACGAGGACUACCGGCACGCGGCCGCCCGCGACCGUUUCCGCCAGGCCGACGACGCGGACUCGUACGUGCACCUGGCCAAGAGCGAGCCGCCCAAGCACGAAUACAGCUACCCGUACACGGCCGGUUCCGAGCCGGGCCACAAGUCGGGGCGGGGCGCGGCGGACGGCAGCAGCGCGGUGGUUGCCACGCAGCCGCCCUCCCUCAAGGCCAAGGGCAAGAGGCGCAGAGACGAGGGAGAGCGCUCGCGCUGCGUCUACUGCCGGGACGUGUUCAACCACGAGGAGAACAGGCGUGGCCGCUGCCACGACGCGCCCGACCCCGUGCGGACGUGCAUACACCGCGUCAGCUUUAUGUGGUGUGCCGACAGCCUGCUCUACCACUGCAUGUCGGACCCCGAGGGCGACUACUCGGACCCGUGCUCGUGCGACACGGGCGACGAUCGCUUUUGCCUGCGCUGGCUCGCCCUGCUCGGCCUGUCGCUGCUGGCACCGUGCCUCUGCUGCUACCCGCCGCUGCACGCCUGCCACCGCUGCGGGGUGGCGUGCGGCUGCUGCGGCGGCAAGCACAAGGCCGUCGGGUGAUCCGGCCACGCCCAUGGCCACGCCCCCUGCACGACAUCACAAGUGCAGACGUACAUGCGUACAUACACCCCUCGCUGGUGUAGGGGAAGGCAAGGACGUAUAAAGGGGUCUCGGGGAUGUUUGGCCCCCCCAAUUUCUUUUGUCAGUCUCACCUAUUUCAGAUGGACAAAACGAAGAAAAAUGGUGCAUUUAACUGGCUUGAA